UCGGUGAGCCGGCGCGGCCGCCUCGCCCUCGCCGCGCGACCAUGGCCAUCGCCCACAUCGCGACCGAGUACGUCUUCUCGGACUUCUUGCUGAAGGAGCCGUCGGAGAGCAAGUACAAGGGGCUGCGGCUGGAGCUGGCCGUCGACAAGCUGGUCACCUGCAUCGCCGUCGGGCUGCCCCUGCUGCUCAUCUCGCUGGCCUUCGCGCAGGAGAUCUCCAUAGGUACCCAGAUGAGCUGCUUUUCUCCAAGUACAUUUUCCUGGCGCCAGGCUGCUUACGUGGACUCCUACUGCUGGGCGGCUGUACAGCAAAAACAGCUUUCACAGAGUGACUCGGGGCACCUUCCACUCUGGCUUCAUAAAUUUUUCCCAUACAUCCUCCUGCUGGUUGCAAUCCUACUGUACCUGCCAUGUCUCUUCUGGCGCUUCACCUCGGCCCCCCACCUUUGCUCUGACCUGAAAUUUAUUAUGGAAGAACUCGACAAAGCCUAUAACAGGGCAAUCAAAGCCGCAAACAGCUGCCGCAAUGGGGACGUGAGGGGCUCAUCUCCGGCCAUUAAUGAGAAUAUGGCUCAGAGUUUCUGGGAAAUAUCCGAAAGCCACUUCAAAUACCCCAUUGUGGAACAGUACCUGAAGACAAAGAAGGGCUCCAAGAGCUUAAUAAUCAAGUACAUUGUUUGCCGUUUGCUGACCCUGAUGAUCAUUCUGCUUUCCUGCCUCUACUUGGGAUAUUACAUCAGCCUCUCCUCAAUGACUGAUGAGUUUAUCUGCAACAUCAAAACCGGGAUAUUGAAGAACGACACCACUGUUCCCGAACGCUUCCAGUGCAAACUGAUUGCCGUCGGUGUCUUCCAGCUCCUCAGCUAUAUCAACAUCAUUGUGUACCUCUUGCUCAUGCCCAUUGUGCUCUAUGCGCUGCUGGUCCCUUUCAGGCAGCGCUCAGACAUUCUGCAAGUGUACGAGCUCCUGCCGACGUUUGACGUCCUCAAAGUCAAAACCAAGCACUACAACGACUUGAGCCUCUACCUCCUCUUCCUUGAGGAAAACGUCAGCGAGCUUAAAUCUUACAAGUGCCUCAAAGUUCUGGAGAACCUGAAAGGCAGUGGCGAGAAGUUCGACCCCAUGCAGCUCCUGAUGAAUCUCGGCUCGAUUAAAACAGACGUUGCAGACGGCACGCCAGCCACCGUCAAAGGCGACUCUGGAAAGAAAGCAGAGCCGGAAAAUGCAAACAGUGCGCUAGAACUGAAGGAUGCAACAGAACUGACGUCACCUGGCAACGGAGAAAAAGCAGGAAAAGAAGACGCCAAACUUCGCCAGAGGCUUCUUGAUUCUUCUUGCUGAUGGGCCCACGUAGCGAUUUGUGGAUUGUGACUGUUCUUCCCAGUUACUCCAGCGUACUGAACCAUACUGAACACUGGGUGCUCGUCUCAUUGUUGAGUGUGUAAGGGGGCUGGGCCUGAGGGCAAACCAUAGUUUACAAGCUUUUUAUAUGCCUAUGUUUACAUGCCUGCCCAGCCCCUAUGUCUUAUCGCCUACUGUUGAGGUUAUUUAUGCCAAUUCUGUGGUACAGAAACGAUGGAAGAAAGUCCAUGUUGUAAGUAGGACAUGGGGAGAAAUAUGCUGGGUGACCCGAAGAAAAAAGGAGUUAGCUCUUCUCACCAAUGGAACGCUUGGGGCCUAGUUGUACACAGGUGUGGAUAUCACAGCAUAAGCUUAACUAUGUCUACUCUGAAGUAAAUCCUAUUGAAUUUACUCCUAGGUAAGGAUUGCAGCCUUAAUCACUCUACACAUGAAUCUGGUUCGCAUGUGUGCAUGUACGCACUUGUUUCCCGUUCGAUUAAUGACCAUGCACUUAAAACGAAGCUAACCAGCAACUAGAGCUCUGAAAUUAGGAAUAUUUCAUGGACUUGGAUCAACGCACACCACACAAAGAGGGGGAGUGAACUGUGAGGAUAAGACUGCAGAGGGGGAAAUGCUGGUUUGUUUGUUUUUCAUGAUCUUUGCAAACAUGGGGAAAUCAUGUCCUCUUUCAGUUGUUUGCCAAAACAAAUAUGCACCUGCUAAAUAUAUACAUAUUAAUCUGCUGUGGUGUCAGAACCGCCACUGUGAUUGCACAGAGGGAUGCUGUGAGAAUAUGCAUAAUAAUUCAGGUAACGUGGAUAAACGGUGCUCCUCUUGUUCUCGUUAUUUCAGUUGUGACGCACAUGCAAGAGAUCCAUGUGCCCCUUAGGUUUUUCCUGCAAUCUUCUGUGUGGAAAAUGCUUAGGACUUUCUGUGGUCAGCUGCUACCGUGCUGCUGGGGAAGGUGCCCUACGGUCACCCCUGCCCCUUAGAGAAAACAGUGAGGACAGCCCUAAAAACUGAAUUAGGCCUGUUGCUUUUGGAAGAUGACUGACCGCAAAACUGGGCUUUCUUUGCAGCCGGGGUUCCUCCUUGCACAGAGGAACUCCUCAUGCGCACAAGUGUAGAUCUCUUUCC